GUGAUUGCCGCCAUGUUGUCCUCUCUCGGAGUCGCGCUUGUCUUCCUGCAGAGCUGUGCAAGUUUCCACACUGUUCAUCGGUGUGUCUACGGUCCUCUAGAGGAAACACGACGAUUUGAUGAAAGGCAGCGACGACAACACACUCCGGGGAUGUGCCUCACAAAGGAGUGUAUACAACACGCGAACCAGGUCUUGAGUCGCCUGAACAGAAGCGCCGACCCAUGUGAAGACUUCUUUGAGUAUUCCUGUGGGGGCUGGGUACGGAGCCACGCCAUCCCAGAUGACCGGUCAUCCUACGACGCUCUGUCACGUCUCCACGACGUGGUCCAGCACCAACUCAGAGAUCUGAUGGAGGCUGAAGGUUCUGUGGGAGACCCCGAGUCCAUGCAGAGAGUGCGGGCUCUGUACAACACAUGUGUGGAUGAAGAUACAAUUGAAUCCAAAGGAACGGUCCCCGUUCUUCAAUUCCUCAGCCAGUAUGGCGGGUGGCCACUGCUGCAAAGGGGAGAUAACCUGCCCAUUACAUUAGAAGAAUUGAUAGCUACAGCUACUAAAGAUUUCAUGAACGUUCUUGUCACCAUAACAGUGUCAGAGGAUUUAAAGAAUUCAUCACGGAUGGUCAUUUACCUGGACCAAACCUGGCUGGGGUUGCCCAACCGGCGCUAUUACCUGAACGGUGUACAGGACAAGUACGUGGUGGCCUACAAACAGUUCAUCAGGGAUGUUGCCACUGAGCUAGGGGCUGCUCAAACCACCAUUGAUACUGAUGUUGACGACUUGAUAGACUUCGAGAUGAAUUUAGCUCAUAUAACAACGCCAAUGGAACAGAGGCGGGAUUAUAAUGUAUUAUACACCAAGAGGACUGUUGGGGAAAUGUCGAGAUUAUACCCAGGGAUCAACUGGCUGUCAUUACUACAACUUGCGACGGGCAGUGCUGGAGUCAGUAUCAGAAAAAAGGACGAUGUUAUAGACUUUGCUCAGAGUUACUUCCAACAGCUUGGUCCCUUGCUACAAAAUACUCCGCAUAGAGUGAUCCAGAAUUAUGUUGUGUGGAGAUUUAUACGCAAACAGAUGACGGCUCUACCGCAGGUUUUCCAAACUUAUGAAGAGGAAUUCAAAGAGGUACUCACUGGCGUGACGUCACUUCCUCCCCGGUGGCGCUUUUGUCUGCAAGUCGUAGAUGGUUUCAUGCCCUAUGUGGUCGGAAGGAUGUUUGUACAAGAACACUUUCUGCCCAACUCGAAGAACGAUGUGGCCGCAGCUAUACUGCACGUUAAAGCUGCCUUCAGACAGAAACUUGAUGACAUCACAUGGAUGGACGAACAGACGAAAGACGUAGCUAGGGACAAGCUAGCAAGCAUGACGAGCAAGAUCGGAUAUCCCGAUGAGAUAUAUAACAACACGUACCUGGACAACAUGUACCCAUUUGAAGUCCAGGAGGGAGAAUAUUUCCACAAUGUUGUGGCUGGGAAGAGGAUGCGAACAUCCAUGGAAUGGCGGAAACUGCUGAAACCGACAGACAAGUCAGUAUGGAUGAUGUCUCCCUCGACGGUAAAUGCCUACUACAACCCGUCCAGUAAUGAAAUGGUCCUGAUGGCUGCCCUGUUACAGCCUCCCCUCUACUCCCCGGGCCUGCCUAAGUACGUGAACUACGGGGCCUAUGUGACAAGUGUACUUGGACACGAGUUGACGCACGGCUUCGACGACGUAGGCCGACUUUUCGACAAGAAUGGCAACCUCGCUGAGUGGUGGAGUGCUGAUGUCGUUAAAGCCUUUAAAGAUAAAGCUCAAUGUUUCGUAGACCAAUACUCUCAGUUCAACGUGGCUUCAGUCAACAUGUCGGUGAACGGGAUCAACACACAAGGUGAAAACAUUGCUGACUGUGGUGGAAUAAAGCAAGCUUAUCGGGCAUAUCGCAAUCUUGUCCACGAUCUCCAGGAAGAUGAGCCCCUGCUGCCUUUCCUGGGCCUCAGUCAAGACCAGGUGUUCUUCAUCAGCUAUGCCCAGUCAUGGUGCGCCAGCUACAGGGACGAGGGUCUGGAGGCUGCCAUCAGGUCGGAUGUCCACAGUCCUAACAUGUACAGAAUCAUUGGCGCAUGUCAAAACUCAGUUGAGUUUGCCGAAGCCUUUCACUGCCGGGUUGGAAGUUACAUGAAUCCCCGCACAAAGUGUGAAUUGUGGUAGUUGUUCUAGCACUAAACUUUGGUGGAUGUGUGUGUCUACACGACUUGUAAUGAGCUGUGGUGGUUGUGUGUGUCUACAUGACUUGUAGUGAGCUGGGGUGGAUGUGUGUGUCUAUACGACUUGUAAUGAGCUGUGGUGGAUGUGUGUGUCUAUACGACUUGUAGUGAGCUGUGGGGGGUGGGCGUGUCUACACGACUUGUAGUGAGCUGUCGUGUGUGUUUGUGCCUACACGACUUGUAGUGAGCUGUGGUGUGUGUUCCUACACGACUUGUAGUGAGCUGUGGUGUGUGUGUGUGUGCCUAUAGAGCUACGCUAGAGGUGUGUCUGUAUGA